GUUCAUUUCGUAAAAUCCUUUGAUAGGGUUAGCACACACACAUACAAAAGGAGAAUUUCUCUGUUUCUAAAUCUCUGGUGUCCAUAAUGGCCUGUGAUCCCUGCUGUGAUCCCCGCUGCUUUAAUCCAUUCUACGUUGGUCCUUACCCGGCAUGCGCCUGUGGCCCAUGUCCGCACGGAUGUUACUCAGGUUUUGGAGGUUGCGGUUGCUGCUGUUGUAACAAUUGCUGCUGAGGGAAUCUAGGCGAGCCAAGUCCAAGACACCUAGAUAUAGGAACGAGAAUGUCCGACAAAAGCAAACGAUAAAUCAAAAAUUAAAGUUCAGUAGAAGAAAAAAUUAUUUCAUCAUUUGUGUUGUUUUCAGUUACUCUGAAAAGACGAACUGCGGCUCGUAGUCCAGGUAGCGCCAUGUCUGUCCUCAUUAUACUAUUGGAUAUGGGAAGGGACUUUGGUAAUUCCAUUAUACUGACGAUGUCAUGGGUUCUUCAUCAGUUGCAUGGUCCUUUGAUUCGAACUCUGGACUAUAUAGUACCUACCGCACGCUCCCUGCUACUCGUUUUUCAUGAAUGCUGCGCCGAUUGUCACAUGGAGCCUGAGCCUGUUGCAAUAGACAUAAGAAGCUCCUUGGAGUUUUACCAGCGAAUGAAGACCCUCUUUUGGGAAAUUAUAGAUGUGAUAUCAUAUUUGGGUUCCUAGCUCAACGAUUUUCCCUUCAUCUUUUGAAUUUAUAAAAUUUCAGUGUAACAAAAAAUACCUUUUAAUGGCACUUCAAUCCCAUCCACAAGCAAAGAAGCUUUCUAUGCAGUAGGAUCCAAACGUUUUCCCAGCAUUCUAAUGGAAGUCGUACACGACGCCAUUGGCGUGGUGGGUGUGGUGGCAUUUGUGGUGAUUGUUUCUCAUGCAGCCAUACAGCUAGUGAUCAAUUCCUCUGGCAUAUUCGUCAGCCUCCUGGAUGGUGCCUGCCAGAUUGUGAGCAACUUGAGAGAAAAGCUUAGGUCCAGGCGGGAAAACAAAAGUGAAAAGCCGAGGCCGGAAAACAAAAAUGAAAACAAGGACGAACCACCAAAGGAGAAGGCUGAUGAAAAGGUUGAAGAAGACAACAAGGCUGAUGAACCAAAAGAGGAGAAAGCUGAAGAAAAAGUGGAGGCAGAUGCAAGCGAAAAGCCUGACGAACAGGGCGAAGAAGCAGGUGAAGAAGCUGGCGAUGCUAAAUAAGGCAUAGAAGCUAUUCAAAGAUACAUGUUUUGAAGAUGAAAUAAAUUCGUUUUCUUUCGUUAACAACCGAGAUUACUUCAAAGGAUGAGGCCGUGCAGUCCCUGAAGGCCGUUUAAAUAAUAAUUUAUGCAUACGAUCAACCAAAAAACUUAAACAAAUCCAACUCCGUUCCAUUUUAGGGCGAAAUAGUAAUGAAUAAUAAUGAAUGUGUGGUCGACUUCAGAUUGCAAGAUAUAAAUGACUUUUUGUCAAUUCAUUACGUUCACGUUUAACUUGUAGCCAAAGAUCUUACAAAAUAUAAGACCGAUGUAUAGUCAGAA